CAACUAUUUAAAGCUCGAAAGUAGCUAUAAAUAAAAUGUUUCGCUUUUUAAUUAUGCUUAGUUUGCUGUUAGAUAUUCCAAAUUCUUCAUCCUACAGAGAUCCCCGACAAAGUGUCAUUAUACCAGCUGAAAAAUGUGACGACCCUAAUGCUUUUACGAUGAAAUGUUUGGACCAAAAUACUCAAGAGAUUCCAUCAGGGGGAGAAGUUAAAAGGCACGAGAAAAUUUUAAUCGAAAUUAUUCAAAUUCCUGGAGCGUGUAAAUUUACGAUUCCAGAAUUUCUAUUGCUUAUUAUACCCCCAGAUGAACUAUUUGCUAGUAACAAAGUUAAUUGGAAUGACGCUACAGUUUUUAAUUCCGAUCCCUCUCGAACAACCAAGUACGGUUUGGAACCAUUCACCAUUAAAAAGACUGGAAGUGCUACCAUUCAGGUUACACCAGUUGAGUUGAAAAAGAAGCAAAAUGUUGCUGAUCCGAAAACGGGACAAAAUUGGGCUAAUUAUGUAUUCGAAUCAGAAACUUGCGAUUUCAUACGAUUGGGCGUUAAAUGCGAUGCCAAAAACUUUAAUAACAAAGAUCAAAGCCAAAAAGGUUUAACAUUUAGUUGGCAGUGCGUCGCUUCUAAAGGAUCUGCACCGCAGUUUUGUAGCGCAACUAAUAUGGAAAAAUUCAAAGACCGAAAUGCAUUGACAAUUCCAUUAGCUGCUACUAAAGAAGAAAAUAUUUUCGAUAUAACAUUAAAAGUAGCUCUAAGUGAAAGUCCAGGAUUUGAAAAUAGUUUAACUCAGAAGGUGCGGUUUCAUGUAUCCAUCGGUACCCUAAAAGUCAAAUGUUUGAAGAACUGUCCUCCCAAGGCAGAAGUCACUUUGUCAUCGAUGAGUACAGUUUUGAAAGCUAAAUGUUUCCAUUGCGAUCCCAAUGUAGUGAUAACUUGGACUAUUAAAGAUUCAAAAGGAGAGGAGAGCGUAGAUUAUACUUAUCUAAAGAAGAAAGAUGGUUUAGUUUUUUAUUUAAAAGCAGGCGCCUUAAAGAAAAAUGAAAAAUAUACAGUCAGAGCACAAGAAAAAGGUUUAGAAGAGACUUCACUACAUACUGAAUUUGAACUGUUCACCAAGCUACCGGCACCUGUCAAAAAUUGUAGUGUUGAUCCACCUACAGGUGUGGCAUUUGAAACUGGUUUCGCAAUAAAGUGCACCUAUUUUCCUGGAGAUAAAACUUUUGAAAUCAAUUCUGUGAAAAAUGGGAAAACAAGUUUAUUAGCAAAGACAACUAAUCUGGAACGUGAAGUAUUCAUGUUACCUGCUGACGUGUCCAUUUUAGUCAAUGUUUAUCAUGCAAAGAUAGGAUUUACUCAAGCAAUUAAUCUUCCCGUACAGGUCAAAGGGGUUCUCGAUUUGAGUAACAAAAAUACAGAUGCCGAAAUCAACGAAGCUGUAAGUAAUAAAAUGGAUGAAGCGUUGGAUUUGAUCAAUCAAGGCCAUUCUGGGUUGGCUCUUCAAGGUUUGGCAGCGAUUGUGGGCGAAUAUGCAAAUUUGCCACCGAAAGUGGAUGAUCUUAAAAAAUCAUUAGAUAAAGCGGUUAUGAACGUAAUAUCACAGGUGAAUAUCGAUUGUCCAGCCAAAGCUCAACAAGUUGCAGACACGUUGUCCCAAAUUACUGGAAGAUAUAACGUAUCGUCGGAUCCUGAUAUAUCAGCUCAAUCUACAGCACUCUGUACUAAGGCUGGCAAUGUGCUGUUAAACGAUGCAAAACAGGCGAAACGACCUGACUUGAUGCGAAAUCAAAUUGCUAAUAGCGUUGCGUCACUAUCCCUUUGUUCGCAAGCUGGUUUGAACGUUAACAGAGAUUCUGUAGAAGCGAAGAAUUCUUCUGUGUCUGUGCCAGAAGAGGUACCAGUACUUCCUUCUCAUCAACCUGUAGAAUCUUAUCCCGACUAUACUGACGAUGAACAUUCAUCAGAGAAUAUGGCUAAGUUUGAAAAAUCCACACAACGUAUGGAACAAAUUUGUUUUACUAACGGGAAAAUGUUAUCCUUCACUUUGUUACCAGAGGAGGAUCCUAUAGUAACCACUGUAGAAUCGGUAACAAUCGUUGUGGCACGAAUGUACUGUGAUGAUACGUCUCAUCUCAUCGUUGAAUCCCCAGACGUUAAUCUAAAGCCUAACACAGAUUGUCAUUUUGAUAAUAUUCCGAUCAUAGACAUUUUGAUAUGUUCGACGAAGAAAAAUCCCUUUUGGUAUAUUGAUAAUAUUCCUAUGCUUACUCCUGUAAUUUAUGCAAUAUUUAGUGGAAAUCCAGCUGGAAAAUCGUCUUUCGACUUAGAUCUAUUUGGAAGGAGCCCUGAGAAAGAAGAAUUUAAGGAUGCUCUCCAUUUAACACUUCCAGUUCAUGAAAAUGCAUCAAUUAAACUACAAAUCCACGAAGCUCAACUGCCAGAUAAAUCAAUCGGAGCUUUGAACGAAGAGAGCUUUUAUGAAAAAGUAUCCACGCAUCGUAUUUUUGUCUUCAAAAAUCGAAGUUUUUCGGUAUCUUUUGAAAAUAUCACAGGCACUGACAUGUACGAUAUUAUGGUUACCAACUUCAAAAAACCUAGCUAUGAGCAGUUUAAAUCUCUACAUAAAACCAUAACUCCCGAUGAUAAUGUUAUAGAUAUAACGCAAAUUAACAACUAUGACAGUUUUUGGUAUCUCAGUUUAUUACCUAACGGGAUCGUGCAUUCCACUUCUAACAAAAAUUACACAUUUUCUGUAUCAACUACAGGUUGCUACGCGUGGAACGUUACUGCAAAACAAUGGUAUUAUGCGUGUCAUGGUGCUGCCGGCCAAUUAACUUCCCAAAAUAUCACUUGCUAUUGUACUCAUGGCCAAAUUUUCACUGGUUAUGUAAUAGACAAUAAAGUUUCUUUUGAAGAAACUUUAAUUUUGGAUUUUGAGCUGGAAUUGAAAUUUUGCUGGAUCAUUUAUGGAGUAGUACUGGUAACACUUGUUCUGUUUUGUUCACUUUUGUUCUUAUAUUCGUUAGGUCGAGAAGAUAACAUUUUAGAUAAAGUGUUUUUUGUUGGAGAUAUACCCAGUUAUUACCAAUAUGCUUACGUUAUAAAUAUAAAAACAGGUCGUAAGAGGCAUUCGGGGACUACAUCGAAUAUUUCCAUCAAAUUAUGCGGAACUGAAGGUGAAAGUAUGGUAAAUUAGUUCCUGUUUACUACUUACCCUUAAAGUUAAGGAAAAAAUUGGCUACCAGGAUAUAUAUAUAAUAAAUAAAUAACAAUAAUACACUCAAUACACUUAAUAAUAAUAAUUAAAGGAAAAAAAUUGAAAAACCUCUGUGUUUCUGAUAAAAGGGAGAAAAAAGGGAAAAGGGAAAGGAAAAAAAUGAAUAAAAUAAGAAAAAAAAGAAAAGCAAAAAACUUCAAAGUAGCAUUGUAC